AUGUCCUUGAUAACGAUAGACAGGACACUUGUAACUCAAGAACAGAACUCGGAACAAUUAGUUAAUGUUGAAGAGGACUCCGAAACCGCCGUGGAAACUGGCUCGAAAAGCAGCCACAGUGAGGAUUUCUUUGUGCGCAAGACUAGUGCCGUGACCCUCAGCGUUAAAUCACAUAGGCGUAUAAGCGUUGUUCGCGACCAUGAUAAUCUGCAUGAGCACUUAAAACGCAUUCUUCAAAUAUUACGAUUCAAUGAUUAUGUGAAACUAAUUGUCAAACUAGAAAGCGGUUCUCCUCUUCUAAUCUGGUAUCGAUAUCUUGCUGUAAUUUCUACUGUUGGCUCUCAAAACACAACAGAGUCUGUGGUAAUGGGUAUCGAUGUUCACAAAGGAGACGUUUCUAUCGGUUUUAUUUUACCCAUUUAUCAAGAUAUGGUUAUUAAAUUAGAUGGCGAUGGAGGCUUUAAGCUAAUAACAAAAGAUAAUGUCCGUCUCUUCAAACCGAUAUCCGUUCAGGCUCUUUGGGCAGCACAUCAGGCCAUCAUGCAGGGUUGUAAAGUAUCCAGACAAAAUUAUUACCACUCCAAAGGCCCAAGUCAUGGUUGGGUAUCGCACUAUAAACAGCUUCCAACUUCCAAGCCCUUUAUGAUGUUUGAAUGGAAUAGAAUGGAGGAUAUUGAGGAUAUGGGUAGAGCCUCCCCUCCUAAAGACGGCAUUGAAAGACCUGUCUCUGAAGAUGAGCGAAAAAGCGAACAGUUCAAAAAUACUAUUCGGUUGAACCUUCAGAGAAUUAUGGGUACCGUGGAUUUAGAAGACGUUACUGUAGUUCAGCUUCGAGAAAUGCUUGAACAGCAGAUGGGAAUGUCACUGAAGGACCAACGCCAAUUUAUCGCUGACCAGGUGUUGAUUAUCUAUGGUCAAAUGGAUGUUCCCUCAUUUAUCUUUGACCAUCUCCUCCUGGGUAGCUCCUUCAACGCAUCGAACGGCGACGAGCUCCGUAGGAACAAUGUCACUCACAUAGUCAACGUCACUCGCGAAAUUGACAACUUCUUUCCCUCCGACCAAUUUGUCUACAAGAACAUCCGCGUCUACGACGAUGAAAAAGCCCAACUUCUGCCUUUUUGGGAUGAGACGUUCAAAUUCAUCAAUGAGGCUAGGUGA